AUGCAUUUCUACAUAAUAUUUAUUGAGUUAGUAUUUGGUUCUCACCUAUAUUCGAGAUCAAAUGGUAGUGUGGAGAAUCAAAUUUUUAAAGAAUGCUCUUACUCUGGUGCAAAUUCGGAUCACUACCUAUUCCAAUGUAUUUAGCAUUAUGUUUUUGUUCCAAAAUUAGAACUCACUUACAAAUAAGUAGAUAUUAGAUGGUUUAUAUAAUAGAUUGGCAUUUAUUCUUUUGAAAGAAAUGGUGAAAUUUAAUUAAGCAACUAUGUAAUUUGCCAACUCAUCACAACUGAAGAAUAGAAAACCUUAGAAAUAAGAAGGACUCUAUAUACUUAACAUUCAAAUUUGAUUAAGAAGGAAAAUACUCUAAUGUUUUAUGAACUCACAUAAAUAGAUUCAAUCUGUGUGAUGGUAUCGCUCUUAAAAAGAUAAGGUAAACAAGAUUACUUGAUCGAAAUGCAUCCAAUUUAUCCUGGGAAUGUUAAUUAGUUUUAAAGUAUUUCAUACAAAUUCAAUUCAGAAGAUGAUAGAAGCAUUUUUGGAUAUUCAUAAUAUUAUAACAAAGUAAGAAAUGCACUAUUGUUAAUUGUAUUGAAGUAGAAUCAGAUCUAAUUGUUUGAAUACUCUCUAUUUGAUGACUAAUUCAGAGAGGCAUCUACAUACUCUUUAUCUGAAAAUAAAGUUCCUUUUAAGUGGAAAGUGUGGAAAUCAGGUUACAUAAUCAUCACAUAUGAGCAAUUUUAAGUACUAUUUAGCAUAGGUGAGACUUUAUAUGAAAUUUAAGAAAUAUAUUGGUUUGAUUAGCAACCUCUAUAAAUGAUAACUAAUUUUGAUGGAACAGAUUCUAAUUACAUAUUGUAACAAAAUAUGAACUACACUAAAAUAUUUAUUAUUGAAGAAACUCAAUAUUAAUAUUAAUCAAAAUCUGUGAGAUUAAUUCAAAAGAUCGAUUUGUAAUAUUCUAAAAUUGCUUUUCUUUUAGACGAAACUAAAUUGAUAUUAAUUUAUGAUCAAUUUGAAAUAGUAGAAGUCCAUAUUAAAAAUAUAAUAAUGGACUAAUUUUAAUUUUGUUAAUAUGCUAUCGAGGAGUUACCUUAAAUGAAUUUAUAAUCUAUCAAGUAUUAAUAAUCAUAUGAUACAAAAAGUUAAUCAUACUCAGAUGAAUCUGAUGUUAAAGUAACAAAAGAGUGUACAAUGCCUUGUGAUCUAAUAUAUGAACCUUUGAAUAUUUCCUUAUUACCCUAUAAAUCGGAGUGUAUAUUUGAAUCUUUGUAUAAUAAUUUUUUACAUGGUUGCAAUAGAUUUAAUAGUUGUUAUGCUUGUAUGUAUUAAACUGGUUGUGAGUGGAUAGAUGAUAUUUGUUAGACUCAAUAGAGUUACGAGGGAUUAGACUUAAAUUAAGUGAAGGAAAGCUCAAAAUGGUUUGUUAGUAAAAGGUUGAAGUGUGGCUAAGAAAUAGAGUUUAAUUAAACUUACUAUGGGAAUGUUUCAAAAGGUACGGUAUUUACAUUAUUUCAUGAUGCAACUAUUUUAUAAGAAUUUAAUUUGGAUUUUAGUUUAUAAGUAGAAUAAUUAUCAAACGUGAAUUUUAUUUAACAAAGUAUAUGCUUAGGAAAUGAUUUGAUAUAAUUAUGUGAUGAAAUAUUGAUUAAUCAUUUUAACUCUGUUUUUUAAUUUAAAGGAUAUUAUUUUAGAAUAACUUUCGUAAUUUUGGAGGAUAUAAAAGUGAAUGAUCUAACAAUCACAAUCAAGUCACCAGAUUCUUUAAUAGAUUCAGAAAUUUAUCCAAUUUAGAAGCUAGUAGGUUGGUUGAGUUUAACCAUAAUGCUUUUUGGAACUAUCAUUUAUUUAGCAAAUAAAAGAAUGAAUUAUUUAAUUUAGUUAUCUCUUCAAAAUAAUCAGUAGAGAUUAGAUAAUGACAGUCUCUGCAUAGUAAUAGAGUCGAUGAUUAAGGACAAAGUAAUAGUAAAGGAGAGAUUUUCAUAAUAGAUUCUAAAAUAUGAUGAAGACAAGUGUCCUUUCUGUAUUGAGAAAUACUAAAUAUAGCAGGAUAUCAUUUAGAUAUUCUGCGGACAUACUUUUCAUUUAGAUUGUUUUGAAGAUUGGGUAAGAAUUAAUACAAAAUUAGUAAGAUGCCCUAUUUGUAAUUAAACGUAAUAUAAUUAUAUAUAUUUAGGAUUGAAUAUUUUUUAAAGAACAAAGAGCAAUUUAAAAAAUCAAUCAAUGUUUGA